AUGACGCCCGGUCCAAAAGGAGGAGGCCGUGAUGGCGGUCCACGAAGAUUUGCCUACAAUAUAGACGCCGCCCGGGAGCGGGAGAUGCACCUAUAUCUUCCAUAUUGGGGCUUUUCCGAGUCUGAGAAAUUCGAGCAACAACCCGUCGGCCACCGUCCAAACGUUUCCCGCGACAACGUUUUGACGGUUUUUGCGCAACUCGCAACUCUACGACUAGAUGCAAGUCGAACUAUUAUCUCACUAUUCGACCGAACCACACAACAUGUUAUCGCAGAGGCAACCCCACACCUCGCUCUGCGAAGCCCUAAGAGCGGCCAGCGAUCCGAGUCCCUCUGGCGUGGAGUGCAGCGAUUGCCGCGCGAACAUAUCCCCAUGUGCAAUCAAGCGAUGACAAUGUUUACGAAGGAGAAGGCGGACAUGUUUGUUGUUCCAGAUUUAGCGGCUGAUUCUCGUUUUCGAUCACACGAAUCUGUAAUCGGGCCUCCGCAUCAUCGAUUCUACGUCUCCGUUCCUAUCAAGUCGCCAGAUUCAUAUGUCAUUGGAAGUGUUGCGGUCUUGGAUGAUAAACCUCGUGAAUGCUUAUCAGACGAGCAAGGCCAUUUCCUGAAAGAGCUCAGUGUAACUGUAAUGGACCACUUGCUUUCUCAACGGGCCAUGCGCGAGGAAUAUCGUGAGGAGAAAAUGGUUCGCGCUCUGGGGCUAUUCGUCCAGGGAAAGUCAGAUCUCUCUGAAGGGAUUGACAGCCGACGUGGGACGGACAAUAAGCUUGACCAUGUCAAUCAAAAAUUGGAACAGAUCAAGUUGUCCAGUGGAAGGGAAAGCCAGGAGGCAGGCGCUGGGAGAGGAAGACCGUCCGAGGCAUCGGAGGAUGUCCCAGUCGACGGAGAAGUUGAGAAUGCGGAGCUGGCGCGAAGCCGUUCGCCAGUCCACAAGUUCAAACGGGAUGAGAAUGAACCGGAUCAACCACAAGAACAGAAGGAGGAAAACGACCAACGGCCUGCAUUAUCUCCCACUACGAGUCAUCUACAGAAGUCACUGGCUCCAUCUAAUGUCCAAUUCGUUCUCAACCGAGCAUCAUGCCUUAUGGAUCAGGCCUUAGAUGUGGAAGGAGCCAUGUUUAUUGAUGCGACUGUAUACGCUCGACGUCAGAUGAUUGGGGCCGAUGGUGGCGACCAAGAAGAGCCAGCUGAGUCCGCUUUCGAGCAAGAAGGGCAGGAGUACGAAGAUGACGAUGUCAAUGGGCCCAAAAGCUUGGUCCUUGGAUAUUCAACCUCGUUUGCCUCCAGCAGAGACGAUAAUCAACAAGAGAGCCAUUAUGUAUCUCUUCCCGGAGCCUUUGUCACGCACCUUAUCGAUCGAUACCCUCGAGGCAAGAUCUUCCACAUCGAUAAGGAUGGCUCGGUUGCAUUGAGUCAUGAGGGCCUGGCAGAUGAAGUAAGCCAGAUGUAUGUUGGUGGUUCCAAGUUGGUCAAGGACGGGUCGCCCAAGGAAAAGGAUCUCCGAAAAGAAACAUUGGAGAUCAAGCAGCUUCGCAAAAUCUUGCCGGAUGCACGCUGCAUUGCGAUCUACCCAGUAUGGGACUUCCAGCGCAGUCGCUGGUUCACCGUGAAUCUCGUGUGGUCUAAUGAUCCCGGUCGUGUACUUUGCGAACCAAAAGACUUGACAUACAUGGCUGCUUUCAGCAAUACUGUCAUGGCUGAAGUCUCACGGAUGGAUCUAGAGGCUGCCGACAGAGCUAAGAGCGACUUCAUCUCCUCGAUCUCUCAUGAACUUCGUUCGCCUCUACAUGGUGUUCUGGGAACUGUGGAAUUACUUCAAGAAACUGCUACUACGUUCACUCAGCGAGGCCUGGUCAAAACCGUGUACAGUUGUGGUCGCACACUGUUAGACACUCUCAAUCACUUGCUGGACUACGCAAAGAUCAACACAUUGAUGACCGGGCAAUCUCCAGGCCAGGAAGAUCAACAAGCUUCAAGCCCUGGAUCAGACGUUGCUGUCCCUGGUCUUGUUCAAAACGAAGACCUGAGCGCGUUGGUGCAGGAGGUUGUAGAAGGAUUGCUGGCGGGCGCCGAGUUCUACAAUCGAGAAACCGAUUCAGCGCCAGAACUAACCAAAAAAGAGUCUCGCAGGGUCUCUACUUCCUCAAUGGGAAGUGAAGAUCGCCGCAUCAUGACAAUUGUGGAUGUGGAAUGGCAAGAUAGCUGGAGCUACCCAGUGUAUGCCGGAGCAUGGCGUCGCGUGGUCAUGAACCUCUUUGGUAAUGCCUUGAAAUACACCCAAGCAGGGUAUAUCAGGCUGUUCAUGAAGAUGGAUACAAUGAAGACGAGCAACAAUAAUUCUGUGCCUGCGGUCUGCAUCACAAUCAGUGACUCUGGUCGUGGAAUGUCCCAGGAUUUCCUUCUCCAUCAUCUUUACAUCCCCUUCCUCCAGGAGGAUACCCAAGCUCCAGGUCUAGGAGUCGGUCUUCACCUGGUUCAUCAAAUUGUGAAAUCCCUUAACGGAAGAAUCCAUUUCAGAAGUGAAGUUGGCAAAGGAACCGAUGUCGACGUGAUCCUGCCUAUUCCAGAAUCGAAGCCCACCCAAUCCCUACCAUCACCAUACAUCGAUUUACGUGAACGGCUGAAAGGCAUGACGGUCUCAUUCUUCACUCAAAGCUUCACACGGGACAAUCUCGGAAUGCGCCCCGAGGUCUUUGACGAAAUCCGUUCCACUCUCAGCCGAAUGGUCGGUGAAUGGUUUGGACUUCGGGUUCUGAGCCAAGAUGAACUCCAGCAGCAGAAAGCAGACUUUUUGAUCGUGACUGAACACGAGUACCGGUCCUUAGUUCAUCAAUCAAUGAAGUCUGAUGUGGGAAGUUUAGUCAAGUCUAAGACAUCGUUUCCUCUGAUUGUUUUAAGCGCCCAGGCAAGCAGUUGGAAGGUGGUCAAGGAGAGCAAUCAAGACCGAGCCAUCUUCUUAUCCCAGCCCGUGAGCCCCAAGACAUUAGCCACAGUCCUUGAGCAUUGCCUUGACCAGCAAGGCGUGCAAGAUACCUCGGCAUCUCAAGAUCGUGAUCUCUCUCCUAAGUCAUCCAAUGGAGAGAAUACUGAGAUCGCUGAUGGAGAGAGCGAAGUGGUUGACGAGGGAAUUCCCAAACCCCCAACUUCCCAAGAAAAUGGAGAGCAAAACAAGAAAGUACUUUUGGUGGAAGACAAUGAUGUCAAUCUGAAGAUCAUCGAGACUUGUGUCAGGAACGCAGGUUUGACAUAUCAGUCUGCCACAAAUGGCCUUCAAGCACUCGAGAAAUUCAAAGCCGAACGAUUUGACGCUGUCGUGAUGGAUAUCUCAAUGCCCGUCAUGGACGGCCUCACGGCCACUCGAGAAAUCCGACACUUCGAAAAGACCUCUGGUCUACCACGUACCGCUAUCAUUAUCCUAACGGCUGUCUUAUCCGCAGACAUGCAGCAAGAGGCCCAAAUGAGCGGCGUCGACAAGUUCUUGACGAAGCCCACACCGCUGAAAAAGCUGAGGGAUUUGCUUCUGAAGUUGCCACAAUUAUGAUUUUUGUAAAACUACCAACUUGUGUUUCUAGCGAUGACUCUAUGAUGGGGGAUGGUUGUACAAUGUAUGAUGAUCUACGAAUUUUGUUUAGAACAAGCAAUACGCGAAAAUGAAGUCACAAAUUUAUUACAGA